CAUCUCCUCCUUUUAUUUCCCACACAUUAUCCUUCUCCAAUCUCCCCUGCUUCUUCUCACUAAACACACACAAUUUUCACUACUUAUACAACUCUUGUGAUCACAUAAUAUCAUCAGCAAUCAUGACCAAGGACGUGGAAGUGGCCGAGCAAGGUUCAUUCUCCGGCAAAGACUACGUCGAGCCACCGCCAGUGCCGCUUGUAGACCCCCAUGAGCUGACCAAAUGGUCAUUUUACAGGGCACUCAUAGCUGAGUUCGUUGCUACACUUCUCUUCCUCUACAUAACUGUCUUGACUGUUAUUGGUUACAAAAGCCAGACUGAUUUAGACGCCGGCGGUGACCAGUGCGGUGGCGUUGGCAUUCUCGGCAUUGCCUGGGCUUUCGGUGGGAUGAUCUUCGUUCUUGUCUACUGCACUGCCGGUAUCUCCGGGGGUCAUAUUAACCCAGCGGUGACAUUCGGUUUAUUUCUGGCUCGAAAAGUGUCGCUGAUUCGAGCGUUGAUGUACAUGGUGGCUCAGUGCCUAGGAGCCAUUUGCGGUGUUGGUUUAGUGAAGGCUUUCCAGCAGCCGUACUACAAGAGGUACGGCGGAGGAGCCAAUGAGCUGGCCGACGGCUACAGCAAAGGCACUGGACUAGCCGCUGAGAUUAUCGGAACUUUUGUUCUUGUCUACACUGUUUUCUCAGCCACGGACCCCAAGAGGAAUGCUAGAGACUCUCAUGUUCCUGUUCUGGCACCUCUCCCCAUUGGAUUUGCUGUUUUCAUGGUUCAUCUUGCCACCAUUCCGAUCACCGGAACCGGUAUUAACCCUGCCAGGAGUCUCGGAGCUGCUGUGAUCUACAACCAGGACAAGGCCUGGGAUGAUCAUUGGCUAUUCUGGGUUGGACCCUUCAUUGGUGCAGCCAUAGCAGCCUUUUACCAUCAGUUCAUCCUGAGAGCAGGCGCAGUCAAGGCCCUUGGAUCAUUCAGGAGCAAUGCUUGAAUUUUAAUAUGAAAAUGAAAGAGAUAUUUUGUAUCUUCUUGAUUUGUUGUUGCAUUAGGAAGACAAGUGUAUUUUCAAGGAGAAUAAUCAAGUAAUGUCUGUUUGUUUUUGUUAAUGAGUAGGUUUUCAAUGUUUCAUAGCAUCAAUUGAGACCAUGGGAAGAUUUUCUCUUGUCCCUGGCCCUUGUAUUUGAACUACCAGUUAUUAUUGUAUGGAUCAUGUAUUUAAUUUUUCUGAGUUAUUUAUGGA